AUGAGCUGCAAUCCGGACGACCUAAUCCAUCCCUUCCGCUGCCCGGAGCGGCUGUUUGGAGACUUCAACGAUAUGCCACGAUAUCAGGAGCCCUUGCGAGACGUUCCCUCCAUUCUCCUCGCCCACAUCAGUCGCCCGGAUGUUUAUGCCGCAGAGCCAGACUGGACUUCCCUCAUGGGCUACUUUCUCUCAAAGGGAAGGCAAGGCUACGGCAACCUUCAAGACCUCUACGUCUUCAUUACUAGAUUUGUCCUCCCGCUCACCAUUAUCGAUAAUCGGAAGAUGGUCCUUGACAUGUACCUCGCCAGGCGCGAUCUGCCGUCGAACAUCCGACUCCGCUACGAUGCCUGGAACAUAAACGACCAUGUGCGGCCGGACAUGGAGCCAGUCAGUUUUCCAGCCCUGGAUAUCCCCGUCCGGAGCGUUGUCCCUUCAGAUCCGACGCCGAAUGGAACGGAUUUCCUCCAGUGGCUUAACAUGCCCCCGAAUACUCCGCUUUCGGUUCCAGUUCAGCUUCAGCAUCGUCGGUCUCAACUUGACCUCUAUCUGAACGAACACGAGUCGGUCAUUCGCCGGAUCGUCCCUGGAGCUCUUCUUCUGAGGACGGCAAGGGUACUCCAUCUCUUCUGGUGGCUGGCUGGCAAUAACGCGAGACUGAGGUAUUAUCAACAGCAGGACUGGGUGGGCGUGGAAACGGAGAUAUAUGCUUAG